AACUGAAGAUGGCCACAGGAGGAGACCCGUACACCCCAGAAACAGCCAAUGGGGCAAGGCUACAGGCUCUGCUUAUUGAUGAAGGCACUAAACUGGUGAGAAAGGUGUUCGACCAGGAAGUGAGCAGAAUGAAGCCUCCAAAUUUCCAGGAGCAGCUGAGGAGAAAUAGACAAAACUUCACAGAUCCUGUGUUGGGAAUUUUGAAUUUUGAUCAGCAGAAAACGGUGUACCCAUCACCUGGAACAGCUGCUGACAGUUCAGAACACUUUGACAUUGCCCUUCUGAGUCUUCUGCUGGGGAUACUUUGUAACGUUAAACCACCAAAAACGGGCUGGAACAAAGAACCUCCAGAAGGGGACAAAUCUCCCAUAGCCUGGAUCAUCAGACUAAGACUAUUCAGAAACAGGAACUAUGGGCACAUCACGGACACAGCCUUGUCUAACACAAAGUUUAAGAAGUUAUGGAAGGAGCUGGCUGACAUCCUGAUAGGACUGGGAGGAGACAAGGAUCAAAUCCAAAAAAGAAAAUCCGAAACUAUUGAUCCUAAAAUGGCCAAGACGUACCAGGAGAAAUUUGAAAAGCUCCACAAAGAAGAAAAUGAAGUGAAAGACUUGCUCACUGCUCAGCAUAAUGAAGUCUUGGAGACACUGGGAAGCCUGGAAAAAAAAAUUGAAGAAGGCAUGAAAGACAUCCUGGACGGGCAAAAAGCCAUCAUCACAGAAGUGGAAAAACAGUCUAGAUUGUCUGAUACUGAGGGCAACCAAGAAGACAAGACACCGAUCCAAGACAAUCCAAACACAGAUGAGCAGGUUGCAGACGGAGUCAGGAGUCUCACACUCAGUGAUAGUGGAAUCUCACUCGGUGAUAGUGAAACCGAACAGGGAAAUGUCGUGGGACAGCCAAGCAGUGUGGAAGCUACAAUUCAACAGCCACGUAGUUCUGGUACAGGCAAUUCAGACAUCAGUGAGGUGGAUGGAAAGAAAUACGACUUUGGCAUACUCUGCACCAAAGCUGACGAGUCUUGGACAGAGAAAGAUAUUGUCAAUAAACUGGAACAAAAAAAGCUAGAAGGCUACUUUCCAUGUAGAGAUGACAUUGGAGGUGACAGUGUGUUUCAGUACCUAAGCAUUGGGAUAGAAAAUAGCAGAAACAUUAUAAUAGUGUACUCACCUUCCACAAUUUCAGAUGAAUGGUUUAAGAUAGGCUACCAGACAGCGGUAGUAGAAAAAUUGGACAAGAAUUUGAUUGGAAGAGUGAUUCCUGUGUUACGUAAAGGCUUCACUGGUGACAAGUUACCAAUCGAACUAAAGACGUUUACCCCUCUUCAAGGAGAUAAUCCAAAUUUCUUUAAAAGAUUAGAGAAAAGUCUUAACUUGUAAGGCAGUGACAGCACAUGUACAUGUACACAUGGUAUGUACAUUUGUAUACAUGCAUCAUUCCUUGAGCUUGAGGGACCCAAACCUGUUUGCAUAGUUCUGUUAGAUAUUUCACUCUUGCAUUGUAGCUAUAUGUUUAAAGCAUGGUGCAGUGUGCUUAGUUCAAUUACUAGUAAUUCCUGAGGAACAUACAUUUUGUACAUGUAAUACAGUUUAAUGUACAUGCCCUUUGUUUAGACAUAUACAUUUCUACCUUUCAUGUUACAUUUUUAAGCACAGAGUACAGUACAUAUUGUUCCCUCGGACACUAAGGUCUUUUUAAGUACAUACAUUCCUAUAAUAUGUCAUGACUUUGUAUAGAUUGUUUCUGUUGUACAUUUCAAAACAAUGACAAUGUUGUCUCAAGGUGCUGCACAAAGUUUGGUAUAAAUAAAAUAUAUCAUAGGUACAUUCCAGCAGUUAACAGAUUUUUGUUCUAAGAUACAGGACUAAAUACAGGACCAACAGAUAUAAGAACUCUCCAGUACCAUACCUGGUCCGCAUAUUGAAUUCCUCCAAAUAAUGUGUAUCGUACUUCUAGGGUGGUAAGUCUGUCCUCUAGUCUUAUUUUUUAUUUUGUAUAUUAUUGUGUUAGUAUUUCAUAUAUGUCUGUAAUUGUUAGUUUUAAUUUUGAAAUUGAAACUGUUAUUUUUAGGUAUUUGAUGUAUAAUGACAUGGAUUUUAUUAUUGAAUAAC